CGGACUCUUAGAGUAUUUACAGUUUUAUUUUACUCCUUAGGAAGGUUUCUCAGGGAGAGGUUGUGUGAAAAGCAGUCUCCAAUCUGACAGCUCAGCCUACAUAAUCUCACACUGGACAAUAGCAGCAGUACAGAAAGCCCAGAAGUCCCAUGAUAGCAGCCAUGCCUGUUGCAUCAUCCAGCUCUGACUCAGUGAUGCACAGUGUCCUGGACACACUGAGCGAUAGCACCGGCUCCACCACAGCCAAUGAUCUGGACCUCAUCUUCCUGAAGGGCAUCAUGGAGAGUCCUGUGAUCAGAGGUCUCAUACGAGCCCAUGAGCGGUUUGAGGAGCCAAAGCUGGAGGCAGUGAGGGAGAACAAUGUGGAACUGUUACAGGACAUCCUGAAAGAUCUCACACCGCUAACUCAACAAAGCCAGGCAGCACAUGAACUUGCCUGCAUACUCAGUGAGCCACACUUUCAGUCCCUGCUGGAAACACAUGACUCUGUAGCAUCCAAAAGCUAUGAAACUCCACCACCCAGCCCCUGUGUCUUCAUGGACCCUGCCCUCAACAACCAGCCCGUCCCUCCCGAUGCUGUCAGGAUGGUUGGCAUACGCAAAGUCUCUGGAGAACAUCUGGGUGUGACAUUCCGUGUGGAGGGCGGAGAGCUGGUGAUCGCACGUAUCCUGCAUGGUGGUAUGAUCGAUCAGCAGGGCCUCCUGCACGUUGGUGAUGUCAUCAAAGAGGUCAAUGGAAAGGAGGUGGGCAGUGACCCUAAAGUGCUCCAGGACAUGCUAAAGGAGGCCAGUGGCAGUGUUGUGCUCAAGAUCCUGCCCAGCUACCAGGAACCACACACACCCCGCCAGGCAUUUGUGAAAUGCCACUUUGAUUACGACCCCGCUCACGACAAUCUGAUCCCCUGCAAGGAGGCUGGCCUUCGGUUCCACAGUGGUGAAAUCCUGCAGAUUUUCAACCAGGAUGACCCCAACUGGUGGCAGGCGUGUCACCUGGAGGGUGGCAGUGCAGGUCUGAUUCCCAGCCAGUUGCUGGAGGAGAAGAGAAAAGCGUUUGUGAAGAGAGACCUGGAGCUAAACACAGCAGGACCUCUGUGUGCAGGCAUGGGGGGGAAGAAGAAGAAAAGAAUGAUGUACCUGACCACCAAGAAUGCAGAGUUCGACAGACAUGAGCUGCUGAUCUACGAGGAGGUGGCGAAGGUGCCGCCAUUCCGGAGAAAGACUUUGGUGCUGAUUGGAGCUCAAGGAGUCGGACGUCGGAACCUGAAAAACAAGCUGCUGAUGUCACAACCUCAUCGCUACGGCACUACAACACCCUAUACGUCCCGUAAGCCCAAAGUGGACGAGAAGGAGGGACAAAUGUACCUGUUCAUGUCACGCAGCGAGAUGGAGGCAGACAUUAAGAGCGGCCGCUUCCUGGAACAUGGAGAGUACGAUGGUAACCUGUAUGGCACCAAGAUCAACUCCAUCCACGAGGUGAUUGAGUCAGGCAAGGUCUGCAUCCUGGACGUCAACCCACAGGCCCUCAAAGUGCUGCGGACGGCUGAGUUCCUGCCCUAUGUGGUGUUCAUUGAAGCCCCCGACUUCGAAGUUCUCAAGGACAUGAACAAAUCUGCGAUCGAGGCCGGCGUCGUCACCAAACAGCUCACUGACUGUGAGCUGAAGAGGACAGUGGAGGAGAGCGAGAGGAUCCAGAGAGCUUAUGGUCAUUACUUCGACCUCACCAUUGUCAACGAUAAUCUGGAUGGUGCAUAUCGCAGCCUGAAGGGAGCGCUAGAGAGACUGAACAUGGAGCAUCAGUGGGUUCCUGUGAGCUGGGUUUUCUGAGCCACACAAAGGUUCAUAUAUUUAUAUUCGAGUGCGGUGAAAUGUGAGCAGCUCGUAAAUAAACCUAGAAACUAGAAGUGAACCGAGAAACAGUAAUGUUUAAAUACUACCAAAAAACACUUUUUUUCAUGGUAAUUAUAUGACACAAAUGUAUUUUUUGCCAAAAAUAAGGGAUAAGAUUUUGGGAAGUGGCACGUGAUCUUGGCAAACCCGGCUGUGUAUUUACUGAGACCUGCUAUGCGCCCUCUUGUGGUCAUGCAGUAAUACAACAUGCACAUGUGUUUACCUAAGAUUUAAAGAUGGCUGCUCACACAUGUAAGGCUUGUGAGAUAUAAUGAUUUAUACAAUCUUACACUGCCACAAUGUCCAGGUACAUUCAUUCUGAUCAUAUGAUCUCACUAAUAAUGCAGGUUUACAAUUUAACUCAUAACUGCACAAGAUAAUAUUCUCUGAUUUAGUUUUGCAUUGACAUGUUCUUCCCGUGUCUGCAUGGGUUUCCUCUGGGUGCUCUGGUUUCCCCCACAGUCCAAAGACAUGCAGGUUAGGUUAACUGGUGACUCUAAAUUGACCGUAGGUGUGAAUGUGAGUGUGAAUGGUUGUCUGUGUCUAUGUGUCAGGCCUGUGAUGACCUGGCGACUUGUCCAGGGUGUACCUCGCCUUUUGCCCGUAGUCAGCUGGGAUAGGCUCCAGCUUGCCUGCGACCCUGUAGAACAGGAUAAAGCGGCUAGAGAUAAUGAGAUGAGAUGAGUUUUGCAUUGACUGUUUUUGAGCACUCUUCAUGAACCCGUCAUCUGUGACUGUAAUUGCAAGAAGAAAAUGGCGGACCUAAAAGGAAAAUGGUCAUACUCCAGUCAAAGGUCAACCCCUGAAUCCAAAUGAAGUGACACGCAAAAGUCAUCAAAAGAUAGAAAGUUACACUACAAACCUUACAAAUUACUUCUCAUCCUUCUGAUGUUUUGGAAUUGUCUAUUUCACAACAAUCUAUCAUGUGAAGCCUUUGCCAACUUGAGAGUACGAGAGACGCAGCUGAUCAUUACGCAAUCACAUUUAAGUCAAAGUGGGAAGAAAAAUGAAUAACUUGGUAGACUAACCAAAAUAUUUUUCAUGAUGCUAAUCAUUUGGGUUUGUCAUUGUAAUGCACCAUUUACACAUAAUUGAGAAAAUCCGAGUUUUGCUGAAAAUCGUAGCUCCAUCUCAGAUACGUACUUAGCAAACAUAUAGUCACCUCUCAUACUUUGUCACUUGCUAGCCUGAACAUAGGACAAGAUUUCUUUGGAUAUGAACUUUUCUAAAAUCAAGUGAUUAUAAUAAAAGAAAAAACAUCGUUUUGAAAUUAGCAUUGCCCCAUUUAUUUAUGCCCAGAGAUGUUCAGUAUGAUGAACUCAAACAAGGAAUCUGAUAUGAGCGAGUAAUGUUCUGUAUUUGACAGUAAAUAAAAAGUGUUCCUAUUCAAUUUAUGAAGACAUGAUGGAGCUGACAUGUAGUUUGUAAUGUGUGCGUAAGCUGUGCUCGGGGAAUGGAGACUGAACAGCGGUGUAUAUGUGAGUAGUGAACGCUGUAGAUUUGUACAGAGUCUAUGUGAACUGUAGCUGUUCAUUUAUAUCAUUUACAGUGAUGGAAUAAGAGGAAGAAGGAAAUAUUUCUGUACAUUUUGUGCUUUAAAUCUCCUUCAUGCUGACUGUAAAUGAUUAUGAGCUCAUACUAUAACACAGUGUCCUGGAAAUAAAGCAGCAAUAAGUGUCCUGUCAUUUAGAGACUUUCCUAAAAGAACCUGACUGAAGUU